CAGGAGCCGGGCUCUGGAAAGAGACCACACCAGGCGGAAAGCUGGGGUCCCCGGUAUCCGCCGGGUUUGUGGUUGAGGAGGCCUGGUCUCCGCCACUGGGCCCUGGAAGAUGGUGCUGGGUGGUUGCCCAGUGAGUUACUUACUUAUUUGCGGCCAGGCAGCUUUGCUGCUGGGAAAUCUGCUUCUGCUGCAUUGUGUCUCUCGGAGCCACUCGUACAACGCUACCGCGGAGCCGGAGCUCACAUCCGCUGGCGCCACCAACCCGGAGUUCUCCGCGGGUGCUUCGAGCUGGGAAUAUGGCGACCCCAACUCUCCAGUCAUCCUUUGCUCUUACCUACCUGAUGAAUUCAUAGAAUGUGAAGACCCAGUGGAUCAUGUUGGAAAUGCAACUGCAUCCCAGGAACUUGGCUAUGGUUGUCUCAAGUUCGGUGGUCAGGCCUACAGCGAUGUGGAACACACAGCCGUCCAGUGCCGCGCCCUGGACGGGAUUGAGUGCGCCAGUCCUAGGACCUUCCUGCGAGAGAAUAAACCUUGCAUAAAGUAUACUGGACACUACUUCAUAACCACUCUACUCUACUCCUUCUUCCUGGGAUGCUUCGGAGUGGACCGUUUCUGUCUGGGACACACUGGCACAGCAGUAGGGAAGCUGUUGACACUGGGAGGACUCGGGAUUUGGUGGUUCGUUGACCUCAUAUUACUGAUAACUGGAGGGCUGAUGCCAAGCGAUGGCAGCAAUUGGUGCACUGUGUACUGAAAAGAGCUGCUCCUAUGGCCCAGGGAGGCCAGUCUUCUGAAUUCAUGUCUGCGGGCUCAGAACUCUUCCUUGAUGUCAGGCCUGACCAUCACUCGCCCCCUUUGGAGGGAAUGGCCUUGGUUAGGAAGGCUUCCUUGGACUGUGGAUUUUCAACCCAGAUUCAACCUUGCAAACUAGAAGUGACAAGCAAACACUCUUGUGGGAACCAAGUUUAAACCUCUCCUUGUGUACAAAAUGUAAAGGCUAACAACUAACUUAUAAGCUACAGAACGGUUUCUACACUCUUUAUUUCUGUACAUGGCUACACUUUCAGUCCUCUGGAGCAAGUGGACCCAAUGGGAUGAGCAAAGUGAGUAUUUUUAGCCUUGCGAUGCCUUUCGUGAUCCUGAGGCUCAUGCAGAGGAGAACUGAAGCCGAACCAAUGAAAAUCUUCAGUGGAAGUAGAAAUGGCCAUGCAGUUUAACACACACUGAAAUGCCAACUUUCUGAAUUUAAACUGUGUUACAAAUUUUGCCAACCUGGAAUGCUGUUUGGGUAUUCUCAGGAUGUAGAGUGAAACUCAAAAUUAUAUUUGUUUGCUAAAAGCUAGGCAAUUGAAGUGAACUACCCUGUUAAUGAACCCUCUAGUUUCGCCAUUAUUAUGCUUAAGAGGGACUGUAUACACGGAAAUAUAUAUAUACACAUGGAAAUAAUUUUUUCAAUCUUUUAUGGUUUGAGAGCCAGCAGUACCACACCUGUCUGGGUUAGGCUAUCCUCUUGGCAGAAUUCUCCUUGUCUAAGAAGUAGCAUUUACCAGUUCAGGGAGCUCAUGUUGUAAGCUGGUAAGAAAAGAUUUCAUACAAAUGAUUAUAAAACUGUUCUUCAUGAUUAGGUAAGAUAAGGUAAAGAGCAUCAUGCUCUUGGAAGGAACAACAGACUCUUACUGAAAGGAUAUUAUUACUGAGUGAUGGGUAGAUUUAGGAUGUGAUUUGUGGGGAGAAGGAGAAACGGCGUGCUUUCUGUAAAAAUAAGCUUGCUACCAAAGCUCUCACUGCGGCUACAGCAGUCAGUCACAGAGAAAGAGACACAACCAGACUCUCACAUUCCCAGGUCGCUGUGGAUGAAGGAAAUGUUUUGACCAGUAAGUGGUUUUAUAAACUUAGUUCUAUCCUUUGCAGUCCAAGUUGAAAAGAACUGUUAAAUACAAAGUAAAAGAACUGUAUCGAUAAGUCAACUAAGAUCCUGCUACUUGGAAUAACUUACAAAUUCUAGAAACAAUCAGGGUAGAACUGUGCAAAGUUUAGUUUCGUAAGAAUUGGCUUAAAGAUCAAGAAUCACAGUUAAAAUAACUCUGGCUAUUCUCCACCAUUACCAAAUGGCUUUCCUAAAAGUUUCAGCUUUAUUAUCCCUGGUCAAUGUGUUCACUGUUCUUAUAUUAUUAAAUGGUGGCAACUGUGUAAAAAUUGAAACAGCUUAUUUUGUUCUGUCUUAAAAGUUCUGUGCCACACUGACCUUACCCUUCUUCACAACAGUAAUAAUUAGUAGAUUUUUAUUCAUAAUCUCUAUACUCUAAGGCAGUGCUUUUUAAAUUGUAGGUCAGUAAGAAACUGGACCCUCUCCCCUGAAAAGUACACAACACAUAAAAUUUUAAAUAGAUGUCAUAUUUAAAAACUCACUUCUAAGGGAGGUCCGGAAAACAAACUAAAAUUAAAAUCUUACCCAAAAUAAUAUACCACCAUAAGCCACCCAUCUCACAGCUUAUUUUUGUUAAAUUUCCUUAAAGAGCAUCACAAACCCCAUCAAAAGCUAUUUUCUUAAAAAAAAAAAAAAACACUUGGGCAGCUUUCAGGCUCAAAUCAUUUAUGUCGCCAGGAGGAAGAGCUUGGGUAAAACUCAGGUCUAUAAUUUAUUGAAGUAUCUGUUU